AUGGCGUCAACGGCGUACUCGCGGCCAUCUAAGCCGCCUGGGCCGGCGGCCGGCGAUAGGAAAGGACCGCGGCUGGCCAAGGAGCUCGGCAGGAUCGAGCCCAAGAAGCUGGGCAUCGGGCUGGUGGCCGGCUGCUGCCUCGCGCUGCUCACCUAUCUCUCCUUUGCCCGGCUAUUUGCCAUCUACUCGCCCGUAUUUGACAGCUCGUCCCUGGUGUUGAAGAACACGCCGCCGGCAACGACGACGGUGCCGGCUACAGAGACGCUGCCGGUGCAGCAAGAGACCCAAGUGGAGGACCAGAAAGAUGUUCCUGACCCUGAGGCGGACCCGAACAUGCCAAACUUACCAGAGGUCACAACAGAAAAGGAUCAACAGGAGGAGGCCACAACGACGAAGCCAGCCGGUGCCAUUUCGGAGGCAAAGAUCACCUGCGACGAGAACGGCGUUGACGAGGGCUUCCCGUACGCGCGCCCGCCGGUGUGUGAGCUCGCCGGCGACAUCCGUAUCAGUCCCAAGGAGAAAGCCAUGUACUUGGUUAACCCGUCCGGCGCCGGCCCGUUCGACUCCAACGGGGAGAAGAAGAUUCGCCCGUUCGCCCGCAAGGACGACUUCCUCCUCCCUGGCGUCGUGGAGGUCACGAUCAAGUCCGUGUCCUCGGCCGCGGUCGCGCCACAGUGCACGCGCCGGCACGACGUCCCGGUGGUGGUCUUCUCCGUGGCCGGGUACACGGACAACUUCUUCCACGACAACACGGACGUGCUGAUCCCGCUGUUCCUCACCACGGAGCACCUGAAAGGAGAGGUGCAGUUCCUCAUCACCAACUUCAAGCCUUGGUGGGUGCACAAGUUCACGCCCCUUCUGAAGAAGCUCUCCAACUACGAUGUCAUCAACUUCGACAAGGACGAGGAGGUGCAUUGCUUCCGGUCAGGCCACCUCGGGAUGUACCGCGACCGCGACCUCAUCAUCUCCCCUCACCCGACGCGCAACCCGCACAACUACUCCAUGGUCGACUACAACCGGUUCCUCCGCCGUGCCUUUAACCUGCCGCGCGACGCGCCGGCGGUGCUCGGCGAGGAGACCAGCGCCAAGCCUAAGAUGCUCAUCAUCGAGCGGAAGGGCACGCGGAAGCUGCUCAACCUGCGGGAGGUGUCCGCGCUGUGCGAGGCGCUCGGCUUCGCGGUGACCGUGGCGGAGGCCGGCGCUGACGUGCGUGGGUUCGCGGACAGGGUGAACGCGGCCGACGUGCUCCUCGCGGUGCACGGUGCCGGGCUCACGAACCAGAUCUUCCUGCCGACGGGUGCCGUGCUUGUGCAGAUCGUGCCCUGGGGGAAGAUGGACUGGAUGGCGACCAACUUCUAUGGGCAGCCGGCGCGCGACAUGCGGCUCCGGUACGUGGAGUACUACGUCUCGGAGGAGGAGACGACGCUCAAGGACAAGUACCCCAGGGAUCACUACGUGUUCAAGGACCCAAUGCGCAUCCACGCGCAGGGGUGGCCCGGCAUCGCCGAGAUCAUCAUGAAGCAGGAUGUCAUGGUCAACAUGACAAGGUUCAAGCCGUUCCUGCUCAAGGCGCUCGACGAGUUGCAGGAGUAG